UCGACUUUUCUCUCUUCGAUCGACCUUUGUGCAAUGCACUCGAAAUUCUUAUAUAAACGUAUGAUCCUGAUUUGAGGUUUUUAUCAUCAUAACCAGGUAUGGAGGCAUCAGUAGCAACCAAUAUCAUCAGUUUCCUCAAUAAAACAGGUGGCAGAGAUAAAUUCUACAGGACUUGCCAAUAUGGAAGCAGACUUGUGUGGUGGUGCAUACAGGAGAGCAAACGUGAUCCAGACUUAGUGAAGAAACUACAGGGUCUAGACUCGCAUCUCAGCACCAGUAGAAAAUUACUUAGAAUUGGCAAAAGUGUGGAGUUUUUUAGAGCAGCACAGAAGUCUGUCCAUCUGUCAGACCCCUUUCUCCAGUUCACCAUCACCUUCGCCAACAUCAACAAGGCCUCCUACCUUCUCAUCGACCACCUCCUGUGGAUGCAUCGGAUAGGUCUCGUCGAGGUCAACAGCAAGUACUACGGCCACCUAUCAAGUCGCUUCUGGUUGGCCACUCUCAUCCUUAGUCUUAGCACAGAUCUGUAUGCAAUCUGCGGUGUCGUAGGUACUCUUCUGCAGACCGAUAUGUCAACGAAGAUGUCUUUGGACUCUGAUGAAGCCGUGAAGCAGUGUUCCAAUGGCUCCAUCUCAGGGACACGCCCCAGCCAUGAGACCAAUGGUAACAGUCACCACGGUGUCCACACCACCACAAUGAAGCAGGUUGUGAUGACACUCUUCAGGUAUCAUCUAGGACUUAUCCUGGACAUUCUCAAAAACUCUGCUGACUUGUUCCUGCCAUUAUCAUAUCUUGGUCACAUCAACAUAUCAUCAGGACUGCAAGGCCUCCUAGGUCUAAUAAGCUCUGUAAUUGGAGUAUUAACUGUCUGGGAUUCCAAAUAUAAAAUGGUGAUUUGAAUGCUGGUACUGUAUGAUGAUAUUUAUAUUCUUUUAAUUAUGCUGAUAUCUUCUAUGGUCAUCUUUCCUCAAUUUUCUCUUCUUUAUAUUUGAAUGUAAUUUUAAUUUCUAGUAUCCACAUUUGGUGAAAAAUGUAUCCCCCCUCCCUGAAUUUAACAAAAUCUAAUUUGAUUUUCAAGACCACAAGUGAAAAAAAAGCUAAAUAUAUUUGGUAGAAAAUGCAUGAUAAGCUGAUUAUUUA